GUCGCCUGUUGUGGCGGGUUUAAAACGACGGCGUGACGGAGCAGAGUAGUUUCUUGUAUGUUGUACCGCGAGCGCAGACGGGGGCGCCUCCGUUACAGUUGAGUAGAGCUGCGGCUAGCCCGUUAGUUAGCCAGCUGGCUUUUCUCAAUGCUAACCCAAGUCUGAAGUGCUUCACUGCGCCGCGUAUUUGUCUCUUAACGUUUCCUGUGAAUACUUUAAAUUUAAAAAUAAAUAAAUAAAUGUUUAUCUGCGGUUUGAGACAGUUUGAGUUGGAAUGGAGCUCGGUCUUUGUGGCUUUCGGGGUCUGCUAUCUGACACGGCGCUAGUUACAGUAGUUGCUACAUAAUGUUAGCCGUUAGCUGCUGUAGCUGUCAAAGCGGCGCUGUGAUUGUACCGCGGGUAAGUGUCACGGUCACCGCUGUGGUUAGUACUGUACUUACACUGUCAACUAGUGCGCGCGUGUUAAUGGAGGUAACGUUUCGGUAACGACUCUUUUGAAAAACUAUUAAAAAAAAUGAAAAUACGACGAAUGAAAAAUGGUUAGCUCAGCAUAUACAAAACCUGUUCACCGUUAACGGUUGCACUGCCGAGAUGUUCGUACAUAACUGUGACAUCGAUAUUUGAGUGAGAAAAUUUAAUUUUUUUUAAUUUGCUGUGAUAGUGGUUCUCAAACGGGGGUGCACGUAGCCUUCCAAAUUUUCAAAAAUAAUAAAUUAUUCACUGAAAGAUGUUAAUUUUUUGUGGACAUUGUUUGUUUUUGUUUUUUUCCAGAUUCUACCAAAACAAAGACUGGCUCCGUGACCUGCCCUCAAGAGACCGAAGUACCAAGUUUCUGGUACUUGUCAGACCAGUACCGAAUUUGUACUGUGUGCCAAAGUAAUGAAGUUUCUAGGACAAGGGGAGCCCAGCCCCGAGAAGGACCGCCAUGUCACAUUUGUUGUCUACCCGUGCGGACCGCUGGGGCAAAUGAAGGGGGCAACUUUUCAGUAAACUUUUUUUUUUUUUUUUUAUGGAUUUCCAUUUCUGGCCUCCGUCUCUCGUAGACAGAAACCUGUGCAUUCUCCGUGCACACCUUCAAGGACAUCGGAGAAUCUAAUACAUAAAGGUUGCCUUCAUCCCAUCAACCGUUGCCACAGGACAGAAAUGCAAACUGUCCGAUGUCCAGAACACGGCACUUGUUCAGCGCUGACACGUGUGAAAACACGCUGAUCGCCGCGGCCUUGUGUGCUCACCGCAGGAGCUUUUUGUAUUUGCGGCCGAUAAAGAUGUGCACUACAGAACACUACAGGGCGCUCGUGCUCGCAUCGGCUUCUCGGACCAUCGCGCUCCGUGACUUCAGAAGUCUGUAGGGUCCAGGAUCGGGAGCUCGUGUGCCAGCAAACACACUCUCGUAUGCAAUGGAGGAAGACAUCGACGUCACAUCCCACGUGGAGGGUCUGGAUCUCCUGUCCAGUAGAUGUAACCCGUUAGAGGAGAUCACCAAUGGAUACUCCAAACACAAGCCUGUCAUGAAUGGAGUGAUUAUUGGUCACGGUGUCAACGACCACACCAACGGCAGCGCCACCCUCAGAUCUCUGCCGAUUUCAGCGCUGAAGCAGAAUGGUCUCCUGCAGUCUCUGGCUGCCACCGGCGGAGAACAGACUAAACUCGCAGCAGAGGAAAACGCUGAGUUGGAAAAGGCUCGUCAGGAGUGGGAAGUUCUGGAGAACGUCCAACCAGCUCUCACCGAGGACUCGAACCCUUCCCCUCUCAUUUCCUUUAACGAAGCGCUGCAGUACUUCCAGACCACAGACCUCGGGGACCUGCUGGUAAGAAAUCGCUUUAUAACCGAUGAUGUGUGUCGAGGCGAUCGUUUGGCCGGUGUCGUGGGAGUGGGGGGUGUGACGAAGCAUCACGACUCGGUCAAAUGCGAGACAAUGCACCCGCUGCCGCUGGCUCGAGACGUCUACAAGUUGUCCCAGCACCCCACACAGAACUUUCCCUUCAGCGUGAUGUCCAUCAACAUGACGCGCAUCGCUCUGCAAGUCCUCAGAGAGGAGGCUCUGUCCAAGGAGUGCAACCGUCGUCAGCAGGUGGUGGGCGUGCUGAACGAGUUCUACGUUGCCACCUACCUGUACCUCUAUCAACUGUGGAAAACGCAAAACAAGACCAUCGCUGACUCCGGCUUCGUACUCAAAGAGGUGGAGCUGUUUGCCAAAAAGAACCCCAGGCAGAUGCUACGUCGACUCCAGGUCUUCCUGAAGGAGAGGCAGACGGUGGGACUCCCCCACGGGGCGUCGUCGUCAGAUCCGUCUCCCAGCCCGUGGGAGCCGGGGAGCAGAGCCAGAGCGGCGCCGGGAAACUAAGGAAAGGAGAAGCACGUCACCGGAGUAUGUGAUCUACCGCCGGACGUGGAGGGAGAGGCCAGACUCAUUUGAACUGGACUCCGUGAGUGUGCGGGUCACUUCCUGUACAUGUAUUCGCCAGUGACUUACUCAGAGAGCUAGAAGAACCCUGACCCCUGAGCAUGACCCAGGGCCCUGCUGUCGGAACCUUUUUCAAAUACUUCCACUCCCUUCCUUGCUGCUGGGGGGUUGCACUUUGAUCAGAUUAGCUACGAGGCGGAGUUUCUGAAUUUAUUUAUUUUUUUUGUAUUUGUUUUGUUUUUAAUUUAUUUAUUUUAUUAACAAGAACAAACAAAAAAACAAACAAGUAGAAAAAAUAUAUAAAUAUAUAGAGAGAGAGAGAGAGAGAGAGAGAGAGAGCUCACGCAGGUCAGGAAGCAUGCGUCGCGGAAUCAAGCGAGACGAUUUUUGCACUUUCUACGAAAUACACAACGUUCCACUCAACUUGUCCAAAAAAAAUAAAAUAAAAUUCCCAAUAAAAACCAAGUCGGCUUAUCUAACCAUCAAAGUAGAGUCGUUAGAGCGCUUUCCCACCGGCACAUGCUAUCAGUUGUUUGUUUUUUUUCCUACCUAAAAUGCACUGCGCUCGAUGUCACGUCCUGUUCUCGGUUCAUUAAUUCUCCCUGUUUCACGUCCCAACCCCUGGUUCUCUUUCUCUCUCUCUCUUUGGUUUCUUUUUCCGAUCUCCUCUCCUCACACCAGCAAGUGAACUUCAUGUGGCCCAACAUGUGGGCCGCAGUCCAUGCCAGAGUUUGGCUCGAAUAUUUGGGCUACGUGAAUCGGACCGUCUGUAGAGAGUGGACCAGAAACGAGAGUUUCUAGCUGAAAACUCAAAGCCUGGCUUAAGCUGAGGUUAGGUAGAUACAGGAUUUUACCCACAAUUCCCUGUCGGACACAGUCAGCGAGGUUAGUUGGGUGAGACAGGAAAUGGUUUCUGAAGACAACAGGGAAACAGCAAGGAUGUCAUUACGUAGAUUGCGAUACAGCUAGAGAGGGUGUCGGAGCCGCGGCUCAAAGGUUGGUCGGCAGACCCGGAAAUGUCCGGCAACCGGUAGUUUGAGGCGUUCGCUUGUCGUCAAUGUUAGUUUGACAACCGGCAUUGUCAUCGUCGUCUGCGAUCCCUCCUCCGAUAACCAGUCUGCGAAAAAUGAAGGAUUAGUUCAAUUUUUUUUUUUUGUAAUUUUUUUUUUUAAUUAAUAAAAAUCAUGAGAUUUCAGCGACAGAUUAACGACAAACCCAAAGGAAUUAAGGGUUUUCGGUACAAACACGAGGCCUUGAAUGCAGCGCGCUUCGGUCGAUGACAUCACUCUGUCAGCGCAAAUGAAAAUACGAUCACGUAAACUCGGCCGGUCAGGUGGGACGGUGUGAUCGACCUGGUCCGGAGAG